AUGCUUGCACCAUCUUCAUACGCCGGCUCCACGGACACCAACUAUCCACCACUAUCACAGUUACGCGAACCGAAACCGAGUGCGAUGGCGGCUCCGUACGACUAUUCGGCGUACUCCGCAAUGGAUCCGCACGUCCUGCAAAUGGCCGACAUUAGCGCUGGCUAUUGGGGUGCCGGAACACCCUCGUAUGCUCCUCUUGGUGGCCUACCGCCGUAUCCGCCGUUGUGUUCUGGUACCGAUGUGGACUACAUAACCCCUCCGGCUGCGUAUCCAUCGCCCGUAGUGCCACCGGUCACGUCGGCCACUCCAGUCAACGCCACCGGGUCAUCGGAUGUGCUCGAAAUCGGAAAGUCAAACGUUCAGCCAUACGCGCCACCAACGACGAAUCCGACGGUGUCGAGCGAUGCCCUGUCGGUCAUGUACCAGCAGCCUACGGUGUGGCCUGGAUACCCCGGAUAUAUGCCACCGGACGACAAGACGUCUGCACCAGGCGCUUCGAGUGCCUACCCGGCUCUUCCGCUACCGUAUCCGUUCCCGGACAGUUCAGAUCUAAGCCAUCCGUCGUUCUAUCAUAAUCCCACGCAG